AUGGGUAUCGACAGAGAUCAAUUGAAUGCCGAGGUCGAUAAGGUGUACAAUAACUUGCAGGAUCAGCCACAACAAACAAGGAUUCAAAUUUCGUUGGUAAAAAAAGUCAUCGAGCUUCACUUGGUCGUCUUCAAGCAUUACGACUUCGACAAAAUAAGUGAGCUCGUCCACUCUGAAUACAAGCAGCAUAGUCCCUUGGUCGGAGACGGACCAGGAUCGCUUGUCGACGUCGCCAAAUUAGUGAAAAGUUGGGCAUCGCCAAAAUGGACGGGCGUAGGUGAGGCGCGUGUGACUAUGGAUCUGAAGAGGGUUUUUGUGAAUGAACCUUUUGUUAUAGUGCAACACCACACAACUCGAUGGGAGGGAGACCAGGGUCAUCAUGUUAUCGACAUCUACAGAAUUAAGGACGGCAAGUUUGCAGAACAUUGGGAGUCGGUUAUGGACGUUCCUGAGGAUGAUAAACUCCAACAUUCUAACGGCUUGUUCUAA